AUGCGGGGCUGGUGGCUGCUGCUGGCGCUGCUGUGCCACCAGCUGUGUCCCCGCAUGGUGACAGCAGCCAGGAGGGACAGGGACAGGAGGGGCAGGAAGGAGCACCCAGAGCCCCUGAACACCUCCCUGGCCAACAGCGAGGAGCAGCCCAAGCUGCUGGAGGCUGCAGAUGCACGGCUCACAGACCCCCGCAGGACCUGGAUCUCCUUCGUGCACCGCCCGGAUGAUGGCAGCAACUCCAAGAGGAGAUGCAAAGGCAAAGACAAGAAAUUGCGAGGCCUGGUAGGGCCUCCGGGGCCUCCUGGGCCUCAGGGACCUCCAGGAGCUCCAGGGGCUGAAGUCACCAGGGAAGUUCUUCUGCAGGAGUUCAAGGAGAUCUUGAAAGAAGCCAUGGAGCACAGGGCCUCCCUGGCCAUCUCAGCCCAGCCCAGCCAGCUGCCCCCGCUGCUGCUGUCCCUGGAGGAGGUUCCCUCGCAGCGGCGCGUGGAGGAGGCGUUCCACUGCAAGCUCAAGGGCCAGGUGCUGGUGGACAAGAAGACCUUGGUGGAACUCCAGAACUUCCAGUCGCCCGUGGCCAAGGGCGCAUUCCUGCGGGGCUCGGGGCUGAACCUGGCCACUGGGCGCUUCACUGCCCCCGUGGGUGGCAUCUACCAGUUCUCAGCCAACAUCCACAUCGACCACAGCGAGCUGAAGAGCAAAGUGCAGCUGCGGGCGCGGGACAGCGUGCGGGUGCUGAUCUGCAUCGAGUCCCUGUGCCACAGACACACGUCCUUGGAAGUCAUUGCUGGCCUGGAAAGCAACAGCAAAAUCUUCACUGUUUAUGUCCAUGGCUUGCUGCAGCUGCAGGCUGGCCAGUACACCUCCAUCUUCGUGGACAACGGCGCCGGCGCCGCCGUCACGGUCCAGCCCGGAUCUGAUUUCAUGGGAAUGCUGCUGGGAGCCUAGCAGCGAGGAUGGCACCCCAAAAUCCCCAAAAUCCCCAAUUUCCUGCCUUUUGGAC